CCUUCGCGAUCAGCGAUCCGGACGGUCCGAUAUUCUUCCGGCAGCGAGCAUGGGGCCGCUAUUCAAGGCAAAGGCGCUGCUUGUGUCGGUCGGUGAGGUGUUGCAGUGUGCCUCUGGUCGGUAGUGACGGACAGACGGACAGCUGGCUGAGCGGAGAGCCUCGGCACAACGGCUCAGGUGGCGACUUCAAGGCGACUGCUGUGAUGCUACGUAGGCAGCUGGAAGAAAUGGGAUUUCCUGCUAUGAGAGAGAGUCUUUGAGCCCGGAGCUUCGGACUUGCCUCUUCUAUUUUACCUUAUUUUUAACUGAGUUGGUUGGUUUGCUUUACAGACGCGGUGCUGUUCGGAUAGCUACAGAGGGCACUGGUCGCUUGGGGAAGCUUUGGGGAAUGGCAGGUCGAAGCCGAAGAGCCUGGUUUAGUGUUCUGCUGGGGUUGGUGGUCGGGUUCACGCUGGCUUCCAGACUCAUCUUACCCAAGGCGACCGAGCUAAAGAAAGCCGGACAGAAACGGACGGCGAACCCUGCAGGCUGUGGACUGAACGGGGGUCACAGGAAGGAAUACGACGGAGUACUAUGGCCACCGCAAGAUAACAGUUUACCGGCGACCGAGAAGCCUGAAUCCGGGUCCAAUCAUUUCCUGUUCGUCGGUGUGAUGACUGCCCAGAAGUACCUGAACAGCCGGGCCGUGGCGGCUCAUCGGACGUGGGCGCAGACAGUUCCAGGACGUGUAGAGUUCUUCUCCAGCGAAGGCUCUGACACCUCUAUACCCAUUCCCAUAGUGGCUCUGAAGAAUGUAGAUGACUCUUACCCACCGCAGAAAAAGUCCUUCAUGAUGCUAAAGUACAUGCAUGACCAUUACUUGGACAAGUACGAGUGGUUCAUGAGGGCCGAUGACGACGUCUACAUCAAGAGUGAGAAGCUGGAGAGCUUCCUGCGCAGCCUCAACAGUAGCGAGGCCAUCUUUCUGGGCCAAACAGGCAUGGGGGCCCGGGACGAGCUGGGUAAACUAGCUCUGGAGCCUGGGGAAAACUUCUGCAUGGGGGGGCCAGGGGUCAUCAUGAGCCGUGAGGUCCUCAAGAGGAUGGUGCCCCACAUUCGAGAAUGUCUACAGGAGAUGUACACCACCCAUGAAGACGUGGAGAUUGGCCGCUGUGUCAGGAGGUUUGCCGGGGUCCAGUGUGUCUGGUCCUAUGAGAUGCAGCAGCUCUUCUAUGAGAACUAUGAACCAAAUAAGAAGGGCUACAUACGAGAUCUCCACAACAGCAAGAUCCAUCGAGCCAUCACUCUCCACCCCAACAAAAACCCUCCUUACCAGUAUCGCCUGCACAGCUACAUGCUGAGCCGGAAGAUCGCAGACCUGCGCCACCGCACCAUCCAGCUCCACCGGGAGAUCGUUCAGAUGGGCCGCUAUGGAGCCAAUGAGCCCAGCCGAGAAGACCUCCAGCUGGGCAUGCCACCUUCAUUUAUGCGCUUCCACCCACGGCAGAGAGAGGAAGUGCUGGAGUGGGAGUUCCUGACGGGGAAGUACCUCUUCUCAUCAUCUGACGGGCAGCCGCCCCGCAGAGGCAUGGAUUCCUCCCAGAGGCAAGCCCUGGAUGACAUCAUCAUGCAAGUGAUGGAGAUGAUCAACGCCAAUGCCAAGACACGGGGGCGGGUCAUUGACUUCAAAGAAAUCCAGUAUGGCUACCGCAGAGUGAAUCCUUUAUACGGGGCAGAGUAUGUGCUGGAUCUGUUGCUGCUGUACAAGAAGCACAAAGGAAAGACCAUGACUGUGCCUGUGAGGAGGCACGCCUACCUGCAGCAGACCUUCAGCCAGAUCCAGUUCAGAGAGGAAGGGGAAAUGGAUGCCAGAGCUCUGGCCAGCCACAUCAACAAAGAUUCAGACUCGCUCUCAUUCCUGUCCAACUCCCUGAAAAUGCUGGUGCCCUUCAAGUUGGCCACCUCUGGCCAAGACCAGAAGGAGCCUAAAGAGAAGAAGGUCAACAUCUUAGUGCCUCUGUCGGGACGCUACGACAUCUUUGUGCGAUUCAUGGCCAACUUUGAACGAGUUUGUCUGAUCCCCAACCAGAACGUGAAGCUGCUCAUCCUGCUGUUCAGCACAGACAACAACACAGAGCAGGUGAAGCAGGUGGAGCUGAUGAGAGAGUAUCACAUGAAGUAUCCCCGGGCUGAGAUGGAGAUAAAGCCCGUCACUGGCUCCUUCUCCAGGGCUUUGGCUCUGGAAGUGGGUUCUCUGCACUUCUCCAACGAUUCUCUUCUCUUCUACUGUGAUGUGGAUCUUCUCUUCACCAGUGACUUCCUCAAGCGCUGUCGGACAAACACAGCCCCAGGAGAGCAAACUUACUUCCCCAUUAUCUUCAGCCAGUACGACCCCAAGGUGGUUUAUGCUGGGAAAGUCCCUAGCAACAACCAUUACGUAUUUACCUCCAAGACAGGUCUGUGGAGGAACUACGGCUUUGGGAUUGUCUGUGUUUACAAAGGAGACCUGGUCCGAGCUGGAGGCUUUGACACGUCUAUACAGGGCUGGGGGUUGGAGGACGUGGACCUUUUCAAUAAAUUUGUCCAGUCCGGGCUGAAGUUGUUCCGAAGCACAGACACGGGGAUAGUGCACGUUCACCACCCUGUCAUAUGUGACCCUAACCUGGAGGCAAAGCAAUAUAAGAUGUGCGUGGGCUCCAAAGCCUCGUCGCACGGCUCCAGCCAGCAGCUGGCCGAGCUGUGGCUGGAGAAGAACGAGCACGGCUUCAGGAGAGCGGCCAGCAAUAACGGCUCAGCGAGGGCAGCGUGAGGACAUCUGCCGUCUGUCCAGAACAUAACCCCUUUCUCACUGCGUGGGGUUUUCUUUACCGUAUUUAUUUUUUACUCACACGACAGACUUCACAUGGAUAUAUUUUGAAAGAAUAUGAAAAUAAACAACAAUACGCCAUGAUGAUCAAUUCAGACACAAUCUGGGUUCUAGUAUGGAAGUACAUGUUGUAAGUAAUGAUGGAAGGAAUAUUGUGUGAGCCUGUUACACGUGUGUCUGUGUUCUCAGUGUGUCCCUCAGUGACACACACCGGGGCAGAGCAGCGGUCCACUCUUGAUUGUGAAUAUUUACAAGAGAGAGUCUCAGACAGAACUCAGAUCUCAGCUAUCUCAAUCAUUAAUAAGGGCCACCUUUUCUUUGUAUUUGUUUUUAUAGGAUGGUAAUAAACACAACACUGUUACUGUUUAUCCUGGAGUCAUUUUCUAUGAACCCAACUGCUGGAUUUUAUAUCUGCAAUUCAUCGUUUGCUGUCUAAUUUAUUGCAUUUGCCGGCUCAUCGCUUCUCUUUGACUGUUGAAAUAUGUAUAUUAGAAAGAUUGUAUGACCAUGUCAGCUGUGGGGUGCUGGUUUUCAUUUUCCUUUUGUUACACUCAUUAUCACCAAAGAGUUUUGCACAGUCUGCUUUAGGUGCAUGUGUGUGCGUCUGUGUGUUCUAUAGGCACUAACGUGACACUGACUGUGUAUUAUUAUUAUUGUUAUUAUUAUUAAUAGUAUGUAUGUUAUUAUUGUUAUUAACAGUAAUAAUGAUAAUAAGUGAGCAGGCCUAUGUGAUGGGUGAAGUGUUCCGCCUUUAAUGCAGCGGCUGAAAUGUGAGCAGCUGUGUCCCACAUCAUGUCUCUAAUUUGUAAAUGUGUGUGUGAGUGUGUGCUCCGCCUGUCAGUGUAACACUCCGUUGAUUUAAUGCUCCUCAUACAGCAUAUGAACAUGAAUGGCUGACUUUUAAGACUGUUGUUACAGGGUGAAUGGCUGUAUUGUCCUUAUUUUUAUUUAAUUUUCUUGGACAUUUUUGUAUUUUUUGUUCUUUCAACUAUGUCCAAGUGGGCAUGGUUUUCUAUUUAAAAAAAGAAAUAAAAUGGGGGAAAAGUAUUCA